AUGAACCCUUCUGAAGAACUAGUCGAACAAGGAAUUUCUCCAAGGAACUUGCAGAGGGUAUCUUGUACUGCAGCUGUGCUCACAUUGGCUUAUCAAAGUCUGGGAGUGGUGUAUGGAGACCUCAGCAUAUCCCCUCUCUAUGUGUACAAGACCACCUUUUCAGGAAAGUUGAGCCUUCAUGAGGACGGUGAAGAGAUUUUCGGGGUGCUUUCGUUUAUUAUCUGGACAUUUACUCUCAUUGCUCUCUGCAAGUAUGUUUUCAUUGUGAUGUUGGCUGAUGACAAUGGUGAAGGUGGUACCUUUGCCUUAUACUCCCUCCUCUGUCGUCACGCAAGAUUAAGCAUUCUACCUAAUCAAGAAAUCACAGAUGAGAAACUGUCUGAAUAUGUGACAGAGGGAAACACAGAUACAUCACAUAGUGCAGCUCUGAAAUCAUUCUUCAACAAGCACCCACGAUUUCGGAAAGGGCUACUGAUUUUUGUUCUGUUUGGAACCUGUAUGGCCAUUGGUGAUGGUGUACUCACUCCUUCAAUAUCAGUUCUUUCAGCAGUUUCAGGGGUAAAGAUUAAGUUCAAAGAACUCCAUGACAAUCAUGUUGUUAUAAUCUCAUGUGUCUUGUUAGUGGGGCUUUUCUCCCUUCAGCAUCACGGAACGCACAGAGUGGCAUUCAUGUUUGCUCCAAUCAUUACUGCAUGGCUUCUGUGCAUUAGUGGUAUUGGAAUAUACAACAUAGUUCACUGGAAUCAACGCGUAUUUCUAGCACUUUCUCCAGUUUACAUGUUGAAGUUCCUUAGAACCACACGCAUCGAUGGAUGGGUGUCUUUAGCUGGUGUUGUUCUCUCAAUAACAGGUGUAGAGGCAAUGUUCGCUAAUUUGGGCCACUUCUCUUCACUCUCAAUAAAGCUAGCCUUCACAUGUUUAGUAUACCCCUCUCUUGUUCUUUCAUACAUGGGAGAGGCUGCCUUCCUUUCUAAGCACCAUGAAGACAUUCAGAGAAGUUUCUACAGAUCCAUACCAGAAGCUGUGUUUUGGCCGGUGUUCAUACUCGCUAGUUUUGCAUCUGUGGUAGGAAGCCAGGCAGUUAUUUCAGCCACCUUUUCCAUCAUAAGCCAGUGUUCUGCUCUGAAGUGCUUUCCACGGGUCAAGAUAGUUCAUACUUCAAGUAAAAUAUACGGGCAGAUAUACAUUCCAGAAGUCAAUUGGAUGUUAAUGUGCCUUUGUUUAGCUGUGACAAUCGGAUUGAGAGAUACAAACACGAUGGGUCAUGCAUAUGGGUUGGCAGUGACCAGUGUAAUGUUUGUGACAACUUGCUUGAUGGCUCUGGUGAUGAUAAUUGUCUGGAAAGAAAGGGUAGUUACUGCAUUAGCAUUUUUACUGUUCUUUGGAUCAAUUGAGCUGAUUUAUAUUUCAGCAUCCGUCACGAAGAUCCCCGAAGGUGGAUGGAUCCCAGUUCUGAUGUCACUUGUCUUUAUGGCUGUAAUGUACACUUGGAACUACGGGACAAUGAUGAAACACCAGUUUGAUGUUGAGAACAAGGUCUCGAUUAACCGAAUAGUCUGCUUAGGACCUAGCCUGGGCAUGGUUCGUGUCCCCGGAAUCGGAGUCGUUUAUACUAAUUUGGUGACUGGAGUACCAGCUGUUUUCGGGCACUUUGUCACUAAUCUGCCUGCAUUCCAUAAGGUGCUGAUUUUUGUUUGUGUCAAAUGCGUUCAAGUUCCUCAUGUUAGUGAAAACGAAAGGUUGAUCAUUAGCAGGGUUGGCCCAAAGGAGUGUGGCAUGUUUCGGUGCAUUGUGAGGUACGGUUACAAGGAUCUUCAGGAAAACUGUAAUUUUGAGAAUAGAUUGGUGUCCGGAAUAGUACAGUUUGUAGAAACAGAAGACUGUUCUGAUGCUGAAGCCUUUUGUUCUCCGGAUCAGACUUCUGUGAAGUCGAAAAAUGAAGAAAACAUGACACAAAUAUCAUGUAAUCUUCAAGAUGAGUCACUGCAGAUAUUAGAAGCCAAAGAAUCUGGAGUGACUUAUAUUCUUGGGCACACUCAUGCAAAGGCGAAGAAAUCAGCAUCCUUUUUCAAGAAAGUUGCUAUAGACAUUGUGUAUAAUUUUCUGAGCAAGAAUUGUAGAGAGCCUGAUGUUGUUUUGAAUGUGCCUCCUACCUCUUUGCUAGAAGUAGGUAUGGUUUACUAUGUCUAA